CGACUACGAGUACCUGCGCGAGCACUUCCGCGAGAAGCAUUUCCUCUGCGAGGAGGGCCGGUGCAGCAGCGAGCAGUUCACCCACGCCUUCCGCACCGAGAUCGACUACAAGGCCCACAAGACUGCCUGCCACAGCAAGAGCAGGGCAGAGGCCAGGCAGAACAGGCACAUCGACCUGCAGUUCAGCUACGCCCCCCGGCACCAGCGCAGGAACGAGGGUGUUAUUGGUGGUGAGGACUAUGAAGAAGUGGACAGGUACAACAGGCAGGGGAGGUCGGGCAGAUUGGGCGGCCGAGGGAGUCAGCAGAACAGAAGAGGCAGCUGGAGGUACAAGAGGGAGGAGGAGGACAGGGACGUGGCGGCGGCGGUCAGGGCCUCUGUGGCAGCUAAACGGCAGGAGGAGAAGAAGCGAGCGGAAGACAAGGAGGAGAGCAGGGGUAGGAAGGAGGACCUGAGGGAUCCUGACCCCCUCGGCUCCAAACGUGUGCCAAAGGCUUCAGGUGGUGCUGUGGAAGCAGCUGCAAAUGGUGCUUUGAGCCAAGAUGACUUUCCAGCCAUUGGUUCGGUGGUGGGACCUCCCCAAGGCUCUGCCCAGCUAGCAGCAGUGAAGCUUAAAGAAGAGGAUUUCCCAAGCUUGUCCUCCUCUGCAGCACCUGCCAUUUCUGCCGGGAUGCCUCUGACAUACACAGCGACGGCAAAGAAAGCGACUUUCCAAGAGGAGGAUUUCCCAGCUCUGGUGUCCAAAAUGAGACCCAACAACAAAACAGUAACUCACAUCACAUCUGCCUGGAACAACGGUUCCAGUAAAAACGUGGUCAAAGCCAUGAGCAACCCCUGUGUGAACCAGAUGGCCAAAAAACCACCCUCCUUGAACAGCACUAAGGGAAGUAAGAAGAGCAAUAAACUCUCUCAGUCAGAUGAUGAAGACGGCGGGAGCGGCUUGACGACCCAGGAGAUCAGAAACACACCAACGAUGUUUGAGGUGUCCUCCUUGCUGGCAGUUUCUACCUCACAAACUUUUACAAAGGUGAGCAGGAAAAAGAAGAUGGGGGCUGAGAAGCAGAGAGCAUCAUCCCCACACCUCUCACAGGAGACAUCGUUUCCCAGGUCAUCGGCCGAGAAGCUGCCGGAAGCAGAGCGGACAUCAAGCACAUCUCCUGCUCUCCACGGCCCUGACAGGUCCACUGCUGUCCUGAAUGGUCACUUGGAAAAACCAUUAGCCACCUGUAGUACACCCAAAGAGCCCCCCGGCCUUAAAAAGCCCACAGUGACUAACAAAUGCCCCUUACCUCAGGAAGACUUCCCAGCUCUUGGGAGCUCAGGGUCUGCUCGGAUGCCCCCACCACCAGGCUUUAACACCGUGGUGCUAUUGAAGAGUCCUCCUCCGCCCCCGGGGCUGUCGGUGCCUGUCAGCAAACCCCCACCAGGCUUUGCUGUCAUCCCAUCCACCAAGGGCUCUGAACCUGUCACUACAGCUUUGAAGGAGCCAAAAUCCUGUCACGGGUCGUACUUGAUACCUGAAAACUUCCAGCAGAGGAACAUUCAGCUGAUCCAGUCCAUCAAAGAAUUCCUGCAAAGCGAUGAGUCCAAAUUCAAUAAAUUCAAAACUCAUUCUGGGCAGUUCAGACAGGGUCUGAUCUCUGCAGCACAGUACUACAAAAGCUGCCGAGAACUGCUUGGAGAGAACUUCAAGAAAAUCUUCAGUGAGUUGUUGGUGUUGCUGCCGGACACAGUUAAGCAACAAGAACUGCUCUCUGCUCACAACGAUUUCCGAAUCAAAGAGAAACAGAGCUCAAACAAACCCAAAAAGAACAAAAAGAAUGUUUGGCAGACGGACUCCAACUCCGAUCUCGACUGCUACAUCUGCCCAACGUGUAAGCAAGUGCUGACUCAGCAGGACGUUGUCACCCACAAAGCUUUGCAUCUGGAGGACGAGGAGUUCCCCUCCUUGCAAGCCAUCAGCAGAAUCAUCAGUUAGCUCUCCCCAGAACCCAAUAAAACCCGCUCUGUCUCUGA